AUGGACGAUGUUGUUGUUUCGGAUCAUAGUAAAGCAAUUGAGGAGCUUGUGAGAGGGCGUGAGUUUGCUAACCAGCUUAAACUACUCUUCAUCAAUGGUUGUGAUGAUCAUGAUCAUGAUCAUGAUCAUGAUCAUGAGUCAGCAACCCCAUUUGCCCAAACCCAAAGCCUUGUGAAGAAUGUUCUAAACUCCUUCACCAACGCCUUCUUCCUCUUGAACAAAUACCCCACUUCCCAAUCCCAUGAUCAAGUUUCUCAGAUUCAAAAAAGUCCCUCUUCUUCCUUCAUUACUCCCACUAAAUCUGAGGACUCUCAAGAAAGUUGCAAGACUUCAACCAUUAAGGACAGAAGAGGGUGUUACAAGAGAAGAAGAACUACACAAACAUAUGAGAAGUGGUCCAAAACUCCAACAGCUGAUGGCCAUCACUGGAGAAAGUAUGGCCAAAAAUUGAUCCUCAAUUCCAAAUACUCAAGGAACUACUACAGGUGCACUCACAAGAUUGAUCAGGGUUGCCAAGCAACAAAACAGGUGCAGCAAGUUCAAGAGGAGCCUCCAUUGCAUAAGAUCACCUAUUAUGGUCACCACACUUGCACAAACUUGUUACUAAACCCUGAGAUCAUACUUGAUUCCAAUUCUGCUCCUAAUGGCUCUUCCAUAUUGCUUAGCUUUAACAACACCUUCCCAAUUCCAACAAAACAAGAGUGCCCCUUUUUAUCACCAUCUUUUCCCUCUCCACCACUUGAGGAGUGUAAGGAGGAACUUCCUUCAAUAUCUUCCUCAGAUGAUUACCUACUCUCCCCUGAGCCCACGUUAGAUAAUAGUUUUUUCAGGGAUGACACCUUAUCAUCUACCCUCCAAUCUCAUCAUACAGAUCUCAUGUAUGAUUCUUUUGACCUUGAUGAUAUCUUGAAGCAUUUCCCUGGUCUUUUAUGA